UGAUUUUAACUUCCGAUUAGCAUGAAACGCGGGAUAAGUGACGGGGCGAAUGACACUUGACUUGUGUUCGUCAUAGGGUAGUUAUCAAAGGGCAGAGUUAUCUGCUCAUGUGAAUCAGGAAACGUAAAAUUUGUAUAAGAUGUCGAAUUUUAAUAGUACAAUACGAUCAAAGUGUAAAAAACUGUUUGUCGCUGCUAUCGACUUUGGAACUACUUACUCUGGGUAUGCAUUCUCAUCAACGAGCGAUUGGUCCAAAGUUUUAACCAGCAACUGGACUGGUGGAAAAGUCGUCACUUUAAAAACUCCCACCGCUCUUCUCCUUGAUGCGAAUAAAGAGAUCAAAGCAUUUGGAUAUGAGGCAGAGGACCAGUACAUAGAGCUUGCCCGAGAAGAAGAACAUGAGGACUACUAUUUCUUUCAUCGCUUCAAAAUGAUACUUCAUUCAGAAAAAGCAAUUAGUCGGAAAACAAAACUAAAAGAUGCAACAGGAAAGGAAAUGGAAGCUAUUAAGGUGUUUGAACUCUCAAUUAAAUUUUUGGUUGGGGACCUCAUGAAGAAUUUGAAGAACAGCUACACUGAUAUAAAGCAAUCUGAUGUGGAGUUUGUUAUCACUGUCCCAGCAAUAUGGGAUGACAGAUCGAAGCAGUUUAUGAGAGAAGCGGCAAGGGAGGCUGGAAUAGACAAAGCUUCCCUGACAAUAGCUUUGGAACCUGAGGCAGCCUCUAUUCACUGCCAGUACUUGCCUGCUAAAGAUCACGCCCUCUCACUUUCAAAAUAUCUUGGAGAGCUUGCUGUUGGAACUAAAUACUUAGUUGCUGAUUUAGGAGGUGGCACUGCAGAUAUAACAGUUCAUCAUAAAGUGGACGAUGGGUCUUUGGAGGAAAUGCGGGAAGCUAGUGGAGGGCCAUGGGGAGGAAAAUCUGUUGAUGAUGCGUUUGAGAUGUUCAUCGAGGACAUUAUUGGAAAAGAAUCAAUGAAGCAACUAAGGACAACUUCAUUCGAUGAUUAUUUAGAAUUGAUGAGAAAUUUUGAAAUGAAGAAAAGGUCAGUCAAGCCUGGAAAGGAAGGAAAUACUUUCCUCUCUGUUCCUUUAGGCCUUGUGCAAAUUGUCAAGAGUGACAAAUCCCGGAAAUCACUUGAGAAAGCCAUUGAAAAUUCGCCUUAUGCAGGAAAAGUCACUUUUGAGAAUUGGAAAUUAAAAUGGAAAAACGAAAAUUUUCUUCGUUUUUUCGAAGUCACUAUAAGAAACAUCAAAGCACAUUUAAGAGAAAUAUUAUAUGACAGUGACAUGACAGAUGUGGAAACAAUUUUGAUGGUAGGCGGUUUCGCGGAAUGUGAAGUUGUCCAAAAUGCAAUACGAGAGCAUUUCAAAACGAAACGUCUCGUAGUCCCUGAAGAUGCAGGUGUUUCUGUGCUGAAAGGGGCGGUCUUCUUCGGCCACGUUCCCGAUGCAAUAUCAAGGCGAAAAGCCCGAUACACAUACGGUAUUCAGAGCUGGCCCUCAUUCAACCCUGCUAAACAUCCAGAGAACAAAAAAGUGGAAGUGAAUGGCAAAUACAGAUGCAAAGAUGUUUUCUUCAAGUACGUCACCAAGGGACAAGUUUUGACUCUUGGAUACGAAAAAGCACAAAUAUUUCAAGCCCUGAAUCCAAAAGAAAAGAAGUUGGAGUGUGCAAUAUACAUUUCGGACAGCAGAGAUCCGGUAUUUGUCGAUGAUCAAGGCUGCCGUCGUUUGGGUGUGUUGACCAUUCCUCUUCCAGACCUCCCGGAUGGCGCUGCUAUAGAACUUGAAGAGAGCAUGAUUUUUGGAGAAACAGAACUUCGAUUUCAAGCCAAAGACAUUUUUUCAGGGAAGUCGUAUGAAGUACAAAUGGAUCUUUUAGGCGACACUGUAGAUGAAGAUGAAUAAGUUUUUGAAUUAAAUUUACAAGCAUGUAGUAUUCAAA